ACGCAUUUGUCAUCUAACUCGACAGCAAGCACCGAUCCUGAUCCUAGCCGAAGUGUAUUGGCAAACGGUGUUUCGUCAACAAAAGACAAACCAACUCCUUUUUUUUCUUCAAAAAUGCAAAAAAAGCAUUCUCUCUCUUUCUCGUUUUCGUCUUCUAAUGACACUCAAACGACUAUAGACAGAGAUUCGCAUUCACAUGGCAAACCCGGCUUGGAUGCCCAUUCUCGAGAUCCUCCACUGAGCAGGCGUUUUCGAAAUUUUCACAAUCAUUCAUCGCGUCGGCCUGUAAUUGAUUCACCGGCCUGCUCAUCUUCUUAUGGGGCCUGUCCCCUUGGUAUGAGCAAGGCUAUUCGGGUCUCCUUUCCACAGGACUCAUUUAUUUCCCCGUACUUGAUGAGUGAUGAACAAAUGGCACAGAUGCCACCACUUUCCAUCCUGGCGUGCCACUUUGACCCGUUCCUCGACGACUGCAUCGAGUUGGCCAAACAUGCUGACCGCCUUGGAGUACUCGUCAACAUGCGUGUCCUUGACCAUCUGCCACAUGCUUUUCUCAACUUUAUUUACGCAGGGCCUGAGUUUCAGCGCGGAAAUAGCAUCUGCAUCGAGAUGCUGAAGCAACUUCUUCGGCCGGAUUCUAAAUCGUCGAUCUCGGGAGAGUCCAAGUCGGGUCUCUUCUCAUCCUCUUCUUCCAACGUCGUCAGCACAACUAGUUAG